AUGAAAUCGUGCGUAUAUUGUAAAAUACGAUACGAAAAAGGCAGUGGUGUUACUUUUCACAAGUUCCCCUCUGAUUACACUCUGAAACUUUGGUUAAAAAAUAUGAAAGUUGUCAACUGGACUCCGACAAUGUAUAAUUAUCUCUGUUCUAAACAUUUCACGGAUGACUGUUUCAUAACACAUCAGUCACGGACUACGUUGAAAAAAUGCAGUGUCCCAACAAUAUUUCUUGAAACUAAUUCAUCCUUGUUUCAAACUGAGAUGUCUAAAGAUGCUGACCAACCAACAGGAUACCAGUCCCAGAAAGAUAUUGAAAUGAGCUUGGAUAAAAAUUCACUUUUAGUACCUGUGCAAGUCGAGCAUAUUGAAAUUAAUCCAGAAGAAAUGUUGCCAUGUGAAGCCCUUGCUGUUCCAAGCACAAGUUACAACACAAGUUACUGUAGCACACCAACAAAAUCUAGAAGUUUAUCAGAAAUCUGGUCUAGCGUCAAAUUAGAUCACCGCUACGAAAACACCCCAAAAUCUUCCAAAACUAAAUUAGAAAGGGUCAAAAGAGCCUUGAAAAUGUCACAAGCUCGAAUUAAAGUAUUGUCUCAAAAUGUGAAACGUAUGAAAAUUACCGUGUCUGCUUUAAAAUCUGUAAUUACUGAUUUAAAAAAAAGGAAACUGGUAUGUGAUGAUUGUAUAUAUAUGUUAAAUCAGUACGAUGAUUUUAAACCACAACUUUUUAAAAGGAUGACCAAAAAUGUGAAACGUGCUAAGUAUGCUCCAGAAUUAAGAUCAUUUGCCAUUACUCUACAUUUUUAUUCGCCAAAGGCAUAUGCAUAUGUGCGUAAUAAAUUUAAUUUGGCUUUGCCGCAUCCUCGUGUGAUUCGCUCAUGGUAUAGUUCCGUUGAUGCCAAUCCAGGAUUCUCUGUCGAAAGUUUCAAUGCUUUGGGACUUAAAAGUGAACUAGCAAAACAAAAAGGGGAAAAACUUAUAUGUGCAUUAAUAAUUGACGAAAUGAGUUUAAAAAAAAGUUGUACUCGCAGCCGUGACGGAGUGACUCGUGGCCACGUCGAUUUGGGUAUAGAUUCUGAGAGCAACGAUUUACCUGAAUGUAAAGAUGCGUUGGUAUUUAUGGUCGUGCCUUUAAAUAGUAAUUGGAAAUUGCCUAUAGCCUAUUUUUUUAUUAAUAGUUUGACUUCCGAAACCAAAAGUGCUCUAAUUAAACAGGCCUUAAUUCGGUUGCAUGACGUAUCUGUGGAGAUAUGCUCCUUAACUUUAGAUGGGCCACCUGAACAUUUUUCUGCAGUAGCUAAAUUAGGGGCAGAGCUUAAAAUAGGAACAGCAGCAAAACCAUACUUCUGUCAUCCCAUAAAUAAAGAACAGAAAGUUUAUAUUAUUUUUGACCCAUGUCAUAUGUUAAAAAACAUAAGAAAUUGUUUGGGUGAUUUAAAAGUUUUAAAAGAUGAAAGAAAUGAUUUAAUUAAAUGGGUAUAUGUGGAAAAUUUGGCAAAAUUGCAAGAAACUGAAGGCCUAAGACUAGGAAACAAAUUGAAAAAUUUGCAUGUAAAUUAUAAAAAAAUGAUUAUGAAAGUUUAUCUUGCGGCUCAAACUCUCAGUAGCAGUGUAGCAGACGCGAUUGAGUUUUGCGAUACUAUUUUAAAUAUCCCUGAGUUUAGUGGUUCCGCAGCUACGGUCAGGUUCAUAAGAGCUGUAGAUAGAAUUUUUGAUUUUUUGAAUGUUCGGAAUCCUUGGGGUCGAGGUUUUAAAAGUCCUUUACGAAUAAACAAUGAAAAUAGGUGGAGGACAAAAGUUCUUGACGAAAUUGAAUAUUUAAGUGAAAUCAAACUUAUGGAUAAUACUUUGGCCGUUAAAUCUCGCCGGAAAGCUGGUUUUUUAGGUUUUUACAAUGCAGUAAUUUCCGUUAUGAAUAUAUUUGAUACUUAUGUUAAGUCAGGUAGACCUGAAUUAAAGUAUCUUUUAACGUAUAAGAUGAGCCAGGAUCACUUAGAACUGUUUUUUUGUGCCAUUCGUAGCCGUGGGGGUUGGUGCCCAAACCCAACAGCUGCACAAUUUGUCAAUGCGUACAAACAGUUAUUAAUCCAUCAUGAAAUUAAUACUUCUACCGGCAACGUCCAGGGCAAUAAUAUAUCAAUACUAACUGCUUCUAGUGCAAAACGUGCUAAAAUAAAUAAAUUUAAUGUUGAUGAUUUUACCAAUGCUGAAAAUAUGCGUACUACGAAGAAAUACCGCCUUGACGACAAUGACCCAUCCUCGUUACAAACCGAGUUAAAUGAAUUUUUACAUAUAUUUUGGGCAAUACCUGACUCUAAUAUUAAUGAGACUGCCAAACAAUGCAUUGGCUAUAUUGCAGGCUUUGUAAUUCGAUCGAUUCGAAAAAAAAUUAAAUGUGAUGAGUGUUUAAUGGCCUGCGAAACUGUACCACAAGAUGCAAUGUCCAAUAGGAGAAAUGGGGUAGCACUUAUUAUCCAAAAGCAGAGAGGUGGUUUAACUGUGCCCUCUGUGAGUGUAGUUAACAUUUGUUUUAUGGUGGAAUCAUUAUUCCGACAAGCAUUGAAAAAUAAUUACAAUAAACCACCUAUAGAAAGGAUUUUUUCUGCACUACUAACUGCGAAGGUAAUAAGAAACCUUUUAACUAAAACAAAUGAACUGUUUCCUGAGUUAAAAGAUCAUUUAAGAGAUAGUUAUGUCUCAGACAACUUUCAUAGUCAUUUGAACAUUCUUUUAAAAGAAAUAAUAACAAAAUAUAUUGACAUCCGUUUGUACGCAGAAACAAAAAAAUAUUCAUUAUUUAUAACUGGAGAGAAGGUUAGACAUUUUUUGACUCGACAAAUAAUAUGGGCUCGACAGUAA